AUGCACCACCAGCCACACAGCCCAUCCUUUCGCAGGAUUGGUAAGAUCGUGGCAUCUGACACCUUCGACGGGAAGAUCACAAAUUGGUUUCAUGCAGGGUGUCUACUGUCUGGCAAUUGCUUGCCAAGACAUGUUGGUCUCCUGGCUGGCUUUUCAAGCUUGCGACCAGAAGAGCAGAAGGAUAUUUUGAAGUUCAUCCCCAAGAGUGAAGAAGGAAACUCCGGUGGUGCCAGCGACUCAAAGCUGGCGACGCAGAGCAAGAAACUGCACGAGAUCCAGGAUAUGCUGCAAGAAUUGGCGCCAAAAGAUCUGAAUGAAAUGGCUGUACUGAAUGAGUAUCCGACGCAAAAACUUCGAGUGAAUUCCACUUUGCUGCAGCUCUGCGCAGAUGGAGUUCUAUUCGGCGCUACAGCUCCUUGUGAGGUUUGCAAGGAUCACGGCAGACCUGGGAGGAUCCUCCUAGAUGGCGAGGUCUACAAGUGCACUGGAUGGCUCACGGACCACUUGAAGUGCUCCUUUCAGACUCAAGAGCCAGAGAGGCAGCUGUGGCAACUCACCCCUGCGGCCAAGCAGCUGGGCAAUGGAAAGCUGGGCAAGAUGAAGUUGAAGGUGGGCACUCGUAUUUUCAACAGGAAGAUCACAGAAGAUGGGCCUGAACCUUCACAGUCAUCGCAGACGGUGCAAGCAAAACCACCUCUGUUGAACCUCACGGUGUAUGUGUCGAAGGGCUUUGAAAAAAAUCAUCGCGAGGAGCUCGCAGAUCUGGUAAAAGGCCACAUGGGCCAGAUCACAGACACCAUUACGAAGGCGACGUGCUUCGUGGUUUCCAGUUCAGAAUUGCUCAAAAAAGAUCCAAAAGAAGUGGAGGCAGCCAAGACAGAGGGUGUGCCCGGCGUGGAUGAAUUCUUUCUCUACAAACUUGAGGUUGGCACCGUCACAGAUAUGGCUCCGAAUUUACUUUGGGGUGACGCUCGCAAACAGUUUAAAAAGAUUGAGGAAGUUGCCACGCAGAGGUUUGUUGAAAAAGAGGGCGUAAACAUGGACACCGACAUUGGUGAGCUGAUCGAACGUGCGCAUGUACUGGUGGACAGGUCCAAGCAGCGAGUGUACAGCGAGAUGUUGAGCCAGACUGACAUGGUGUCAGGAACCAACUCCUUCUACACGUUGUGCGUGUUGGAGUCCGAUAAGGACUCUGGUGGUAGUUGCUACUGGGUGUGGCGAAAGUGGGGUCGCAUAGGUGUGAGCCAGGGUGGAACGAAACUUGAAGAGCACCACUCAUCGAAAGUCAAUGCGAUCCAGAGUUUCAGCAAGCUCUAUCUCGACAAGACUGGCAACACCUAUGGGCACAAACCUUCGGAGUUCGUGCAGAAACCUGGCAAAUUCAGCCGAGUGGAUAUCCAGCACAAGGCUUUGCAAAGGAAAAAAGCCAAGACGGAGCAUGAGGAGGAGGUGGACCCAUCACAGGAAGAGGCUCAAGGUGGGCAGCCUUUGGGCCAGCUUUCGAAGGCCGCGGUGGAGAAGGGCAACACGGUGCUCGACAGCAUCGAGAAUCUCCUCAUGGAGAUUGGUGAAGGUGGAACGCCGAAUGCAAUGCAGAAGGCCAGAAUCAACGCACACUCAGCCGAGUUCUAUGCCCUUAUUCCACACAACUUCGGAUUGAAGGCACCGCCGCCGAUCAACAACCAGGAUCUCUUGGGCUCCGAGAGGGCUUUGCUGCAGUUCUACUUACGUAUGGGCUUCGAAGACAUUGGUGGAGAGGACGAGGAGAAACUCACACCCAUCAGCGGCGUCAUGGAAUUGCCAUUGCCUUCGACUUUGUUGGAUGGAUGCAAGAGUAUUUGUUCAAAGAAGGAUGUGGAAAAUUGCACGAAGAAAGGGAAAGCUUUGGAGAAAAAGAAAGCGGGCAAGCCAAUUAAAGCCAUGAACCAAGAGCUCUACGGCUCCAUUCUGCUGUAUACCUCCAAUGCCAUCUACAAGCAACUCAACAAGGCAUUGCGAGAUGAAGACCGCGAUCAGGCUGCUGCGUACUACUCAUACCUUCGCAUGCUCUUUGAGGCGUGUGCCAGGCUCCCAACUCGGGAAGUCACCUUAUGGCGCGGUGUCGGAGUGGAUUUAUUUGAGCAGUACAAGGUUGGCAGUACCAUCACUUGGUGGGGAGUUUCAAGUUGCACCUCUGACAAAAACGUGGUGCACAACUUUGCCAAUGGAUGUGCUGGAGCGUCAACUGUUUUAACCGUCGAGACGCAAACAGCUUGUGAGAUUUCUGAGUUAAGCUUCUAUGCCAACGAGAGUGAGAGUAUCCUCCUUCCUGGUACACAGCUGAAGGUUUUAUCUUCUGAGAAGAAAGGAAAGACUGCACACAUCCGCCUGCAGGAAGUUGGCCGUCAGGCAGACCAGUCUGCCAAGCCCCUUCGUUUUCUCGUUGACUCGUUGGUCUUCCAGUGCCACUACGUGCCAGAGCCUGAGAGGCCAACAACAGAAUUGAACCAUUUGUAA